AUGUCUGAUCUCACUGUUGAACUUACUGCCCCCAAUGGCAAGAAAUACACUCAGCCAACUGGACUAUUCAUCAAUAAUGAAUGGGUGAAAAGUAGCACUGGCCAAAAGAUCACAUCUAUCAAUCCUUCAGAUGAAUCAGAGAUUGCAUCAGUAUAUGCUGCCUCCGCAGAAGAUGUCGAUACCGCAGUCAAAGCAGCUCGCGCAGCAAUGCGAAACCCCGAAUGGCGCGAUAUGUCCCCAACCGAUCGCGGUUCCCUCAUGAUUAAACUAUCCACGAUCAUUUCCGAACACACCGAUAUCCUCGCGACAAUUGAGACUUGGGACAAUGGAAAGAUUUUUGGCGAUGCUCUUGGUGAUGUUGCAGAGGUCGAAGCUGUGUUCAAAUACUAUGGAGGAUAUGCCGAUAAAAUACAUGGACAAGUGAUAGAUACUGGCAUUGCGAAAUUCGCAUACACAAUCAAGGAACCAGUGGGAGUAUGUGGCCAAAUCAUCCCAUGGAAUUAUCCAUUAGGUAUGGCUGCAUGGAAGUUAGGUCCCGCUUUGGCUUGUGGUAAUGCUGUGGUGAUUAAAGCUGCAGAGCAAACUCCAUUGAGCAUUCUUUAUUUCGCAAAUUUGAUCAAGGAAGCGGGAUUUCCACCAGGUGUGGUCAAUAUUUUAAAUGGGUAUGGUAGAGAAGCGGGAGCUGCAAUCGCAACGCAUCAAGAUAUUGAUAAAGUGGCCUUCACCGGUAGUACUGGUACAGGCAAGGAGAUUAUGAAGAUGGCUGCUGGUACCAUGAAGAAUAUCACUUUAGAGACGGGAGGAAAGUCACCUUUGAUAGUUUUCGAGGAUGCAGAUCUCGAUCAGGCUGUCAAAUGGGCGCAUUUAGGUAUCAUGUCGAACCAAGGUCAAAUCUGUACCGCCACGUCUAGAAUCCUUGUACAGGAUUCCAUUUACGAUAAGUUUAUCGACGCCUUCAAGAAACAAGUCAAAGAAGUUUCCGUUGUUGGUGAUCCAUUCGCUGAAACCACAUUCCAAGGCCCUCAAGUUACUAAAGCUCAAUACGAACGUGUACUAGGUUACGUUCAGACAGGUAAGGAUGAAGGCGCCACCCUCAUCUCAGGAGGUGAAGCUUUCACAAACGCCCAUCCUUCGGGCAAGGGAUUUUUCAUUACCCCCACUGUCUUCACAGAUGUCACGCCCAACAUGAAGAUUUACCGCGAAGAAGUUUUCGGGCCAUUCUGUGUUAUUGCUAGCUUCAAGACAGAGGAUGAAGCAGUGGAAAUGGCAAAUGAUACGACAUAUGGUCUUGGUAGCGCAAUUUUCACAACGAAUUUGGAGAGAGCACAUAAGCUUGCAAGGAGAAUCGAGGCGGGAAUGGUUUGGAUUAAUAGUAGCCAAGACUCUGAUUUCAGGAUACCUUUUGGUGGUGUUAAGCAAAGUGGCAUUGGUAGGGAACUUGGAGAGGAGGGACUUAGAGGUUAUUCUCAGGUCAAGGCCAUACAUGUUAAUUUAGGUACCAAGCUAUGA